AUGACCGAGGCACUUGGUAACCAAGGCAGGCGUACUCAACCCCCUGAAGUGUCCAAGCUAUUAUCUACCAUGAAGAAUAUUGGAUCCUACAAGUUUAAAGGAGGAUCUGAUCCUAUUGAAGCCGGCAAGUGGAUUACUAUGAUGGAAAAGAAUUUUGAAGCCAUGGAGUGUCCGGAGGAGUAUCAGAAGAAGAUCGAUGUGUACUAUCUGGAAGGAGGCGCAACGGGCUGGUGGGACAGCAUUGAGAGGCAGCGUGGACAUACCAUCACAUCAUGGGAAUCGUUCAAGGGAGAGUUUGGGAGGAAGUACUUUUCUCCAGAAGCGAAGCAUCGAUUGGAGCGUCAGUUUAUGAACCUUGUUCAAGGAGAUAGGCCGGUAAGGAGUUAUGAGUCGGAGUUCACAAGGUUGAGACGACAUGUCUUUGAUGGGCGCGAAGAUGAAGCAACUAUGAUCCGUAACUUUAUGUACGGAUUGAAGCCGGAGCUCCGUUUAGCUGGAAGCAACUUUAGCAGCUUAUCUGAGCUAGUGGAAAAGGCUGUUAAUGUUGAGACUGUAUUGGAGGCUGAAAGGAAGACAAUACCACAUUCUGGUGGACACACCAAGUUUAGCCAAGGAGAAAGGCUGAAUAUCAACAAGGGUCAAAGAUCUAACAAAGGGAAAUGGCGAGGAUUUGGAGGCCAAGCCAACAAUCGUGGUAACACUGGGGUAUGUUACACAUGUGAUCAGCUGGGACAUAUUUCGAGGUUUUGUCCCAAAAACCAGCGGAAUAACCAAAGGAGUAACCAGCAGGGUUAUUCAUCGAUAAGGAUGGAAGAUAUAACUUGUUUCUCUUGCGGUAUGAAGGGCCAUUAUGCAUCGUCAUGUCCAAACAAGCCAAUCCCUGCGACCCCUCUCGCGAUCCGAGCUCCUCCUAGCCGUCCAGCAAUUGAGCCAGCACCAAAGAAGCAAAACCUAGGAGGUAGGAUUUAUGCCUUAGGUGUAGAAAACCCAGACAAUGCAGGACCGUCAAGCGGUCCCAUUACAAGAACCAUACAUGUUGCUGGUAAACCCACACAUGUAUUGUUCGACUCGGGGGCAACACAUAGGAUUGUGACCCCUGAAGUAGCUGCCCGGUUUUGGGAUUGUUUUGUGGUUGAAAGGAUAAACGUGGCCGUCUUGACCCCCGCAGACCGAACUCUUCAAGCAGAUUGUUAG